AUACAGUUUUUGGAAGUGGGUCUAGAAUUGGGGAAUUCUUACAGUGAGGUUAUUGCUCCUCAAGAUGUUGCUACUUAUGGAUGGCUUUGUGCACUUGCAAGCUUUAAUCGAACUGAGCUAAAGAACAAAGUUAUAGACAAUAUCAACAUCCGGGAUUUCUUGGAGUUGGUACCUGAAGUGAGGGAGCUUAUUAAUGAUUUUUACUCAAGCCAUUAUGCUUCUUGCUUGGAAUAUAUUGGAAACCUCAAACCAAUCCUGGUGCUUGACAUCCAUUUAUAUGACCAUGUUGAGACCCUAUAUGAUCAAAUCCGCAACAAAGCCCUCAUCCAGGAUACCCUCCCAUUUGUUUCUGUUGAUAUGCGAAUGAUGGCCGAUGCCUUUAAAACAAGUGUUGCGGGGCUAGAGAAAGAACUAGAAGUCUUGAUUACUGACAACCAGAUACAGGCUCGGAUUGACUCGCACAACAAAAUUCUUUAUGCACGGCAUGCAGAUCAAAGAAAUGCAACUUUCCAGCGGGUUUUGCAAACAGGCAAUGAAUUUGGUCAGGAUGUCAGGGCAAUGCUGAUGAGGGCAAAUCUUCUCAAGCGUGACUGUAAUCUUAAGGCUUCCAGGAAAAUCUGA